UAAAUUCCUUCUUCCAUAGCCUUUCUUUUUGAACCUUCCUCUGUUUUUCUUCUUCGAACUUUUUCCUCUUUUUUCAACUGCAUUUUUUCUUUCUUACAUCUACUCUAAUGGCAAAACCUGAAUUUCUUACCAUUGCAUUCCUCCUAUUUCUUCAACUCACCUUCGCUGCCAUUUCGCCCCAGCCCUCGCCAGCCCCAGCCCCAGCCCCUUCACCCGGUACACACUCGCCCGCGCCAGCCCCUUCACCCGGUACACACUCGCCCGCGCCAGCCCCUUCACCCGGUAUACACUCGCCCGAGCCAGCUCCUUCACCCGGUACACACUCGCCCGCGCCAGCCCCUUCACCCGGUACACACUCGCCCGCGCCAGCCCCUUCACCUGGUACACACUCGCCCGCGCCAGCACCAUUUAAUUCCACUCCGGCGCCGUCUCCAUCAGAUCCGGCACAAGCGAGUUCUCCUUCUCCUGGCAGCAAUAUCGGCCACAACAACGUUAAUCCGGACGUGAAGAACGCCAGUGGUGGCGGAGGAAUGAGCGCAGGAAAAAAGGCGGGAAUCGUUGUGGGGGUGUUGAUAGCAGCGUGCUUGGUUGUCGUCGGUGGAUUGAUUUACAAGAAGAGACGAGAUAACAUCAGGAGAUCUCAGUAUGGAUACGCCGCCAGGGCAGAACUUCUCUGAAGAAGAAUAAGAUAAGUUCGUGAUUAUACAUAUUAAAACAAACAAGAUCAGAAAGGUUAUAUUCAAAUAAUCAAAUUUGCUACUACUUAUUCAGACUAUUUCUGCAUGAGAUAGAAUUGUUGUAGUCAGCAGUUUACUCUGCACUAUAAUAAGUAUUAGUCAACCAUGUUUAAUUUUAUAAUACAUUUAUGGAAUUCAUUUCUCAUUUCUUUUA